UUUUUUCAUCUGUAAUUUAUCCAUCGCCGAUCGUCAGUUACGAGCAGAUCCGCCCCCGCCGCCGCUGGGGAAUUGGCGGUUUCCGAUUCGAGCGUGGUCGGAGAGAGGAAGGUUUAGGGAUGGGGAAGAAGAGGAAGUCCAUAGCUACGAGCCUCGACGAGGUAGAUCGCACUGUCUACGCGUCGUUUCGCACCGCCGCGAAUUCUCUCUCACAGCUCUACACUCAGGCCAUGAACCACCAGAAGCUAUCCUUCCAAGCCGGCGAACGCCACGGCCUGGAAAAACUGUACCAAUGGAUAUGGAAACAACAAGACGGCGGAUCACGAGUGACAACUAUGGAUAUAAUCAAUUACAUUCAAAACGAGCUAGACUGCUGCAUGGAGGAAGCGUCAAUGUCCUCAAGAGCUCCAUCUCAACCAACAAUGCAAGUUAACAAUUCAGGCACGUCUUGCCCGGCAGCCGUUUCGGUGGGUAGAACAGAUCAAAGCGAAAACCAAUCAAAGAACUCGGUAUUCUCAAACGCCCUUUCAAGCCCUAUUCGUCGCAGUCUGCAGAAUUACCAAAUCCCGCAAGGGGGCAGUCAUUUUCAUAGCUCAACUAGAGGCGGCAGCAACAAUAAUGAACAGAACAGGGGAUCGAACUCUCCAGGUUCUAAUGACUCUUCAAUGGAUAUGCAUGCCGACUAAAGAAUGUGAUAAUGUUAUUUACUGCUCCAUUGUGUGAGUUUACUACAUGCUGCUGCUGCUGCUGCUGCUGCUGGUGAAAAGAAGGGGUUUUGGAUGGUGUUUUCUUUAUGGGUUUAUGUAUUUUCAAUGUUUCAUCAUCACCCCAUGUAAAAAUCAUCAUGCCCUCUCUAUAUUUUUUUUUUCGGUUUUCAAUGUUUGAAGUUUGAACACCCUCCUGAAAAGUAGUAAUGUAAACACACAUAACAUUAACAUCCGUUGAUGUUGUCAUAAUGUGCAUGUAAUAUCUUGCAUACUCA